AUGGCUCCAGAGUAUGCGAUGAACGGACAGUUCUCAGUGAAAACCGAUGUAUUUAGCUUCGGGGUACUAGUCAUUGAAGUCAUUACAGGCAAGAGAAACAACUGGUCUCCAGAAGAAGAAAGCUCACUAUUCCUCCUUAGCUAUGUAUGGAAAAGCUGGAGAGAAGGGAAAGUGUUAAACAUUGUGGAUCCAAGUCUGAUUGAGACAAGAGGUCUAAGUGAUGAAAUCAUGAAAUGCAUUCACAUUAGUUUGUUAUGUGUUCAAGAGAAUGCAGAGAGUAGACCAACAAUGGCUUCAGUUGUUGUAAUGCUCAAUGCAAACUCUCUCACUUUUCCGAGACCCUCGCAACAGGAGACAAUCACACAAGUAGUAUUGCGUCUUUAA